CGGACUUCGAUCUGCACAUUGCACAUACAAAUAGUAGUUUAGCAAAAUAUAUUUAGUACAUACAUUUUAGACUGCAGCGAUGUUUAUUCUCUUUAUUGUGAGCAUAAUGGCGACAGCGGACGCCGUGAAUUCAAAUUAUUAUUUCGGGCCUAUUAGAAGGCAUCGUUUUAGAUACAAUUACUUGUAUUGCGUGACCUGCAAUUUACCCGUAUUGCAAUGGAAUACAUUGAGCAAUGUGGAUAUGGAAAUUGGGAACCUGAUGUUGCAACACAGUCGCAUAGAAUCUAUCGAUAGCUUCGCCCUCUCCAAGAUAAAAGGUCUGCGUAGCCUCGAUUUGAGGUUUAACAGGAUCCAAGAAAUAGCAAGUAAAGCCUUCACAAGCUGCGAUGUGAUCAAACUAGACAACAAUUUCCUGCGCGUUCUCAGACCAGGAUUUCUCAACAACACCCACGUGCAGCAUCUUUCCUUAACAGCGAAUCACGUCAUAGAACUUCCAUCCGGUAUCUUUCACGGAGGCAAACUCAUCACACUUGACAUUUCGAAGAAUCAAAUAUCAAAGUUGUACGAGGAUUCGUUCAAAUUCGCUGAAAACUUGUGCUCCCUGAAUUUGGCGUGCAACCGGCUGUACAGGAUACCGUUGGGAUUAUUCAGAAAUAUGCAGUAUUUGAAAGAUUUGGACCUGUCAGAUAAUUUCUUGCGCGAUCUACACUACGGUAUGUUCGAAGGUUUAUCAGAAUUAAGAGAGCUCGAUUUGGCCGGAAACGGGAUCAGAGUGUUCGAGCCCAGCAUGUUGGUCAGCCUCGACAAGUUGCAACGUCUUCAUCUCAACCGUAAUCAUAUACAGCGCGUGAACGCUGCAGAAUUGAUUAGUUAUCUCAAUUCGUUGGCGCAGAUGGAUGUUAGCGAAAAUAUUUGGGAAUGCAAAAGUCUGGCACAGCUCCUCAUGCACGCGCGCAACAAGAACGUCAAGAUAUUGCAGUACAAUAAGUUCAACGAAAGCAAUAUCAAGGCCAUCUCUUGCACCCCGUAGUAUUUCAGGGUGAUGGGAACGCAAUACUGAAUUCCGGGUUGAAAGUUCUGAAAGACUACGAUGUGUGGGGUGAUCUUGAAGGUGGAAGAUCCCAGUUCUCCGGAUCUAGGCAUUCGGUUCUGCUUGCAGAGCUGCUGGCACCUCUCCUCCGUGGACAAUCUCAUCUCCCUGAUAAAACAGGAGGGCGACAACUGCUCCAAAAAGACAAUAAAAAUUGUUCGCAGCGCAAA